GUAUAAAGCGCCCGGCUCAGAACACUUCCGGGUAGGUCAUUCCCCGGCAUGUUAGAGGCGGAGCGAAGGUAGAAAUGGCGUCUGCUGCGCGGGGCCACCACGUGUGGGUGGGAUCCGAGACGGGGCUCCUGAAAGGGAUCAACCUGCAGAAGAAACAGGCCACAAACUACAAGUCGGGGAGUGUGGCGCUCAGUCGGCAUGAAGCUGUCACUGCUAUGUGUUGGGGAGAUCCUUACGAGUCUGAGAUCUUCGUGGGAUGCCUUGAUGGAUCAGUCAGAUUGUUUAGUACUGAGAAGGGCAAAUUUACUGAGACUCGGGAGUGUCUGGGAGGCGAAGGACCUUUCUGUGGCUUGGCUGUGCUUGAGAGCUCCCUCAUCACCUGUGUCGAAUCUGGGUUGCUGAAGGUCUGGCGGGAUGCUUCCUCGGAAAAUGUGGAGGUUCAGGUGGGCCCAGGUGUGUGCCGCAUGCGCCAGAACCCUGUACAAGGGCACUGUGUGGCCACGGGUGGGAAGGAGAACUGCCUCAAGGUGUGGGACCUACAACAGCCCCAGGAGCCCAUCUUCAGAGCCAAAAACGUGCGGAAUGACUGGCUAGAUCUGAGGGUGCCCAUCUGGGACCGGGACAUGCAGUUCCUGCCUGGCUCGGAGAAAAUUGUGACCUGCACUGGACACCACCAGGUCCGGCUCUACGACCCCAGUUCCCCGCAGCGCCGCCCGGUGUUGGAGACCACCUUUGGCGAGCAUCCGCUCACUGUGCUCUCGCUGACGCCCAAUGCAAAUGCUGUCGUUGUGGGCAGUUCCCGAGGGGAUGUUGCAGUCAUAGAUCUACGGCAAGGGCGGCUGGUGAAGCGUCUCAAGGGCUUUGCCGGGAGUGUCCGGGCCAUCCAGUGCCACCCAGUGCUCCCACUGGUGGCCUCGUGCGGGCUGGAUCGAUUCCUCCGUGUGCACAAUCUUCAGCAGAAGCGCUUGGAGCAUAAGGUUUAUCUGAAAUCCCGAUUGAACUGUCUGCUGCUUAUGAGCCGAGAGAAUUGGGAGGAAGAGGAUCUUAACCCUUCGGCUGGCCUCCAGGAUGAUGUAAAGCAGGAGGACGAAGAGGACAAUGAGAUCUGGGACUCGAUGGAGGUGGUGAAAGUGAAGCGGAAAGCAGAAGCCCAGCCGUGCCCCGAAUUCAGGAAGGAGGGGCCCCACAAGGACUCAUCCCUCAACAAGCAGAAGAUCAUUAAAAAGGCAGUCUCUUGAUCGGGGGAGGCGGGGGACUCGCCCGGACACGGAAUCCCUAGCAGGGGCCAGAGCUCCUGGCUGCCCACCUUGGCCGCAGUUUUGCUCCAAGCAAAGAAGGGGGGGGCGAGACGAUGGAGUCUUUCUCGCUGGUCUGCAAUUGCAGUGGGGGAACAUCCUCCUGUCUCCAUGCCAUCCUCAGGCCGCCCCGCUCCUGAGCUGAGAGGCUUGCAGGGGAAGAAGCUGUGCAGCUGAGGCUUCAUGUCCAAGCCCCUAGGAAGAGUGGGUUGGUGGGGAGGGAGCGGAGGAUGAAACGGCCCCUGCUUUCCUUUUCCCUGCCCUCACUCUGGCUGCUGUGCAGCUCUGUCCAGAUUAUCACUUAAUAAAGGUGCCAUGGUGAGUAGUA